AGUGGAAGAUGGCGGCAAUGCACAAGAAGAAGAACAAGAAGAAGAAGUGUUUCCGGUAGCGGAAGUUCUGGUUGAGAAAGAGGGAAAAUUAAACAAGCACCAGUAUCUUUUAUUCUUAUUUUCACAAAGAGUGUUGUAAUUCCUCAUAAAAUGAUCCAGCCACCGUGUUUAUUGGAUAGAUGGACUCAGGAAAAUAACGACUUGGUUUCUAACUGUAAACAAGAUGCUCUGAACCGAGAUCACAACCUGUUCGGGCAAAGACGAUGUUCUUCUGACUUUCACAAACUUCUCAGGAAAAUACAAGGCAUUCCUCCUCAUUUGGAUCAUGCACAGCUGGAGCUUUCGGUAGUUUACAACACCUGUGUGUUCUUUACUGCUCGGUCCCAGUUUGAGGAGGCCGAACUGCUCCUCACACAGGCUGCACAGAGAGUGCUUGAGAUAACAGGAGUUGAUCCUGGUAGUUCUGACCCUUCUGUGCUUUGGAGAGCAGCCCUUAAAUCAGUGGCCACCACAGCUUUGCACUGCCAUGUCCUGAGCCUUCUCUGUCUGCAGUGGGGCAUAUGGCUGACCAAGAGCUGCCUGAACUCUAUAAAAGAGUUUCGGGAGGAGAUGUCAUCUUUGUUAGAGAGACAGGGUGGAGCAGUUUGGGAUGAUUGUAGGUCUCAAUCAAAGGAAAAAAUCCCUAAUAUUCCCAGUCUGGUUCUGGACCCAAGAAGACUUGUUGAGCUGUUGAAGGUCUGCACUGCGGUUGUCCAAGGUGCAGAAAGGCUGAAUGAAGGUUGGAGCACUCUUUCUGCUCUGCAGGCUGCUUCUGCCUUGCCGGCUCCCAGAGGUCUCAUAGCAUACACACACCUCCUCUCAGGCUCCUGCCUCACCCAUAUGAACCGCCCUCAGAUGGCACUGCUGUGUUACAGAAAGGCUCUGGAGACAGACCCCCGUUGUGUAUGUGCUCUCUACCAGAGCAUGCUCAUCUACAGGCAGUUGGAAAACUCUCAUGCUGAGAUACAGGCGCUCCGUUUACUGCACUCGACUUUGUUGUUACCCUCGACUACAGAACCUGCAGUGGCUCCAAGCCAUCCCCUCUCACCGUCCUUAUUUCUCUGCAGCCAAUCACUGAGCAGACUGAUCUCUGUCCCGUCUGCCCUCAGUGUCCUUCACAGUUUGGCUCUCAAAUGCGUAAUCUAUGGCAGAGUUUCAGAAGGUGUGGAGUAUUAUCUGGACCUGCUUGCUGCUAUCCAUUCAGAAGAUCAACAUGGAGUAAGAGCAAACACGUUGACGGACAGUUUCUAUAAGGCGCAUGCGACGGUCUCCACCCUCCCCAAGUUACCCAAACUCUACCUUGAGGCUGGAGCUGCCUUACUCAUGGCCCGACGGCCUGCAGACUGUAUGGCGCUUUGCGAUGAGGUCAUCAGCACAACUUUGGAUCUGGUUCCAGACAAAGUGUUGUUGGAGGAUCCGGAGGAUAGAUGUGUGGCUCGCAGCGGGGGGGUGAAAGAGGAGGCCGAAAGUGGGUUGGAACGGCUGCUCUGGGCUGCAGCUGCCUACCUCCUGCAGGGUCACUGUUACUCUCAGCUGAAGGACUGGCAGCAAGCAGUAACCUUCUACACGAGGUGUGUCAACCUGUUGGUGAAGGUGCACUAUAAAAACAGAGGUUUCCCACCACAAGUUCCCAGCCUGGAUAAAGAGCAGGGUAUAGAUUUGUGUGUCCUCCAAAGACUGAAGGGACUUUCAUUAGCUGGUAGGGGCGUCAGCUUCGCCCAGAUAGACCGGCUGAGAGAGGCGCUCAGAGACCUUCAGCUCAGCCUGCAAGCCCUCCCAGAGGGUGUGAAUGCAGGGCAGUGGUGUGGAGAGGUGCUGUGGAGGCUGAACAGGAAGCAGGAGGCGGCUGCUUGUUGGGAAAACACCUGGAGCCAUUCCAUUACAUCCUUAGCAGAGGGUCUUCCUGUGUACACACAAGAACUUCAGUCUGGUCCAAUGUUGGAUUCUACAGAGCUGCACCGCAAACUGCAAGAACUUGGUUCUAUCUAGUCAGAUGGAGAAUAAGGAAGUACAACUUAAUCACUUAGUGAACAGGAUGGAGGGGGCUGUGCAAUAAAAGUCUAAAAUGCUUAUGUGAAGAGAAUAAACUACACUAUGUAGAUGGAAACCUGU